AUGACUUCGGAUGAAAAAGUAAAUGUGCUCGUAUUGGGCGGCGUUGGUUUCAUUGGAAGAAACUUUGUCCAUUAUCUAUCAACAAGCAACCUCGUAGCUGACAUCCGAGUUGCUGAUAAGAUGUUGCCACAAACCGCCUACUUGUCAGAGACAUUUAAAACCGAGUUUUCCAAAAUAGAAUUCAAGCAAACCAAUUUGAUCAAUCAAGCCUCCAUUGCUGCUUGUUUCGAUAGAGAGGAUGGCAAAGAGUUUGAUUAUGUGUUUAAUUUUGCUGCUGAAACCAAGUAUUCUCAGGUGCCUGAAAUCUACCAAGAACGCAUCUUCAACCUGUCUGUCAAUUGCGCCAAAGAAGCAGCAAAGCGAAAUGUCAAACUAUUCAUUGAAAUGUCUACUGCAGAAGUAUACGACAGCAACCAGGAAGCCUCCACAGAGACAUCAAAGAUCAACCCUUGGACAGUGAUUGCCAAACACAAAUACAAGGCCGAGGAAGCAUUAAAAAAGAUUGACGGUUUGAACCUGAUUAUUCUUCGCCCUGCCGUUGUUUAUGGUCCAGGUGCUCUUUUGGGCUUGACACCACGUUUGAUUAUCGGCAGAAUCUACAAAUACCUGGAUGAGGAAAUGAAAUUACUGUGGUCCAAGGACCUAAAGCUGAAUACGGUGCAUGUGGAUGAUGUGUCCAGAGCCUGUUGGUAUUUGGCACAAUGGUACACAGACAACAACAUUGGUGCCACUGGUCAAGUGCCUGUUUUCAACCUGGUCGAUAAACAGGACACAGAUCAAGAAGCCAUCAACAAGCACUUACAGACUAUUUUUGAUAUCAAAACAGGCUAUCAUGGUAGUGUUGUUUCCACUUUUGCCAAGCUAAACCUGGACGCUGUUAUUGAAGCUGUCAAUGAAAAACAUUUAGCGCCAUGGGCAGAGCUUGUCAAAAACAAUGGCAUUGCCAACACACCUUUAUCGCCUUAUCUCGAUGAAGAAUUAUUGUACAAUAAUGCUCUCUCUGUGGAUGGUUCCAAGAUUGAACGCGAAACUGGAUUUACUUACUCUGUCCCUUAUUUGACGCAAGAGAAAUUGAUUGAGAUUAUUGAUGGUUACAAGGCGUUGCAAGUGUGGCCAAAAGAUUAA